AUGCGUUGCAUAUGCUCAUCUUCUGACCACGGCUGCCCUUUAGACGGAGUAAAGCACUGUGAACCCGGUACUACACAUUGUUUACUUGUUCAUUCCACGAUAUCUGGUGAUACAUCUAAGGCGCUUCGGGACUGCUGGCAAUGGGGAAGUGGUCUCUGUCCACUUACUCCCGGAACCUGUCAUAUGCUUACGAAACCGCCACACGAAUCCAUAGCUUGUUGCUGUUUCGGCGACCUAUGCAACAAUUCCACAGACCUUGAAUUUAUUUUCCCUGACGAUUACAGUGUUCAGAGUACUGAAAUUCAAAAGUUCACCACCGCCAAAUCGCUUCCAAUUAAGGAAAAUGCAUCCUCAUCUGGUGGUCAAGGGGACUCAAACCUGACUUUGCUUAUCACCGUGCCCGCUGUAUUUUUCCUGCUGGCCCUGUGUUUCACUUUGUUGUACAAAUUUUUCCGUCAUCGACCAAAAUCUUUUAAUUUUCCAUUACAUUUUCGAGGUUCUAAAUCUAAGUGCUCAUGCAAUUUUCACCAAAACAAGUCAUCUGCAUCAGCUUGUACUUGCGGACGCACGGUGAAGUCAUCUGGCGAAAAUAAGCUUAUGAAUGGUUCUGCCAACCUGGAGACAUCCUCAAACGACAAACAGUGGUUCUCCAAAAGCGAACUUGAAGGGCUGGGAUCUUCAGUGAAAAAAGUUGAACUGAUAUCACACGGUUGUUUUGGACAAGUGUGGCACGGCCGUUACAAAUCAUGUGAAUCAAUCACCUCUGAAGGUGAUGGUGCACUAAAGUCGAUGUCUGAACUUGAUGUCGCGGUGAAAAUAUUUCGAACGGUCCAGAAGGAAAGUUGGGAAACGGAAGUUAACUUUUAUCGUAUUCCGGGAAUCUCUCAUCCCAACAUACUGAAAUACUACGGGGCUGAUCAGGUUGUGAAUAAUGAAUCGGAGCCUCCCGAGUUGGAGUUCUGGCUCGUAACCGAAUAUCAUGAGCUGGGGAGCUUGCAUGAUUUCUUCGUCUCCCAUACCCUCAGUUGGACAGAUCUUCUGCGACUAGCCAUUGGAAUCGCGCGUGGCUUGUCUCAUCUACACUCGGAACAAAACAGUCCGAAUGUGGUUGCUGGGCACCACCUGAAACCAAGCGUGGCUCAUCGUGAUCUCAAUUCGCGCAACAUUCUGCUGAAGAACGAUUUAACUGCAUGCAUAGCGGAUUUCGGCUUAGCCAUUCGUUUCGAGCCUGAUUUCUUCCCAUCCACUGCGCAUCCUCAGCUUGGAACUCGUAGAUAUAUGGCACCGGAGGUUUUGGACGGUGCAAUUCAGUUUACACGGGACGCAUACCUCCGCAUCGAUGUAUAUGCUAUGGGUCUGGUGUUUUGGGAGUUAAUGUCCCGUUGCUACGGUGACGAAAAUAGUCCCUUGGAAAUUACUUCACCCUACCGCGCUCCAUUUGAAUCGGAACUUGGCGCCGCCCCCACGAUUGAGGAACUUCGCCACUUUAUAGUUUAUGAAAAGCGGCGACCGAAGUUCGAAUCGGCUUGGGAUUGUUAUCCCUCCAUGCGUGCUUUGUGGGAGACCGUGGAAGAAUGCUGGGAUCAGGAUGCCGAAGCGCGUCUCUCAGCUGGCUGUGUUACUGAACGCUUGACUUCCCUAUCUCACCAGCCCUGGUCUGGUUUCCAGCCACUCGAUAGGUGCAUGCUAUCAUCCAUGCCUUUUGGUUCUGGCGUCUCGCCACUGCAUCCUCUAUACGAGCUUAUCCACUCCCCCACCUUGGUUCCCACUCGCACAGCUCCCACGAUCCACAGCCCAUCCAGAGCGGUUCCCGGUGGCACCGUAUUCUUUCCCGUUCCUUCUACCUCUGUUCCGGCGAUGUCAUCACCCACGGGACUGUCGUUGGCUACCUCACUUCCUGUACCCUACUGUGCACAUGAACUCCCAAAAUCAGCUGCCUGUCCUCCCUCGUCCUCAUCGAUCUCUUCCGUCCACCCGUGA